GCUGACUCAGCCCGGGCGGGGCUCCCCAACUUUCCCCGAGCUUUUUUUCCCCGAUCCUGCAAGUCCAGAGCGGAGCGGAGCCGCCGCCUGUCCCAGCCAUGCCCACGGAGACGGAGCGCUGCAUUGAGUCGCUGCUGGCCGUGUUCCAGCGCUACGCCGGCCGCGAGGGCAGCUCCGUCACCCUCUCCAAGCGGGAAUUCCGUGCCUUCAUGGACACCGAGCUGGCCGCCUUCACCAAGAACCAGAAGGACCCGGGCGUGGUGGACAGGAUGAUGAAGAAGCUGGACAUGAACAGCGACGGGCAGCUGGAUUUCCAGGAAUUCCUGAACCUCAUCGGGGGCAUCGCCGUGGCCUGCCACGACUCCCUGCUCCUCAAAUCCCCCAACCCCUAAAUCCAGAGACGCCGGGCCCACCCCGGAUCCCCCCAGGGAAUGCUGGAAGUGAUGGAAUGCCCCCAUUCCCUUUUUUCACCCCGCUUUUUUAUGGAUAAAUAAAAGGUUGAAGACCCCGA